AUGACUUUCAAUCUUUCCUGGGCCUGUGUAAUAAUUUGUUGUAUUUUUGCUUCUUUAGCAAAAACAUCCAAUAUCUCAGAUAUGUAUCCCCCUCUGUGGAAAGAGAGUCCUGGUCAGUUCAGUGACUACAAGAUAGAAAAUGGGAAGUACAUCAUUAACUUCUGGCAUUACCCUGAGAGACUGGGGAUGUAUAAAACCCUACUGAACAGGACAGCCAAGUAUUUUGCAAAAUUUUCACCAGAAAAUGAACGAAAUAUUUUAUGGGAACUGCCUGUACAUCAUGGAUGGCAAUAUCAUACAGGCAGAUUAGCUGAUCCCACCCAAAGUACAGACUGUGGCCAUAAAUCUGGGGAUCAUCUCUGUAUCUCUGUGGACAGUUGGUGGGCUGACCUUAAUUAUUAUCUCUCUACAAUGCCCUUCCUUGCUGAGGUUGAUUCUGGCAUAAUGGGGAUAUCAUCAGAUAAAGUCACCUUUCUGCCACCAUCCAAUGAUCAGAUGAAUUUUUGUUACAAUGUUUCUAACUGCCAAUCAUCAUUUCCAGAAGCAAUGAAAAAGUGGAAUGAAUUUUACCAGCACAUAAAGUCACAUUCUAGUAGCUUUGAUGACCUGUUGGAGUACUUAUGGACUGCACAUGUCUCAUCUUGAGAUUGCUCAAAAAAUUUUCAAAAUAGAUUAAAAUAUUAUUCUAAACAAGAAGCUGAUUUUGCAAGAAGCUGGGCUUUAUUUGUGGAUUAUUUAGCUCCACCACACUUUCCUACAACCUUAAUUAGAACAUAUGAAUUCCAGAAGGAGCUUCCAAGACGAAUGCUUGUUAGUGGAGAUAACGUCCCCUUCAUCAGUGACUUUAGUGGCUUUCAGAACACAAUCCUGUUUGCUCUAAAUCUUCUCCACAAAGUGCAUAGGUAUACAGAUUCAGCUGAAUAA